AUGGGUAGAGGUCUUCAAUUUAUUUAUUUGCUCACCCUUCUACUACUCUUCAUGAUCUCUUUGAAAAGCGUUGAUUCGAAAUGUGUCCUGUUUAACUUUGGAGACUCAAAUACUGACACUGGUGAACUCGCUGCUGGUCUUGGAGCCUACGUAAGCCCUCCGAAUGGCCGUCUCUUCUUCAACUUGCCUGCUGGUCGCUUUUGCGAUGGCCGCCUUUACAAUGACUUCAUUUGUGAAAGCUUAGAGGUCAAUUUUCUGAGCCCAUAUCUGGAGUCAUCAGGCUCAGAUUUUACAGAUGGUGUAAACUUUGCGUUAGCUGGAGCAGCCACUGAAUUCAGAGACAGAUUUCCUUUUCCGUUACCCACUCAAGUUAACCAAUUCCUUCACUUCAAAAACCGUACAAGAGAACUGAGACCAUUAGGUAAGGGAUCCAUGAUCAGUGAGGAGGAGUUCCAAACUGCUGUGUAUUCAAUUGACAUUGGCCAAAACGAUAUUGGCAUCUCCUUUGCUGCAAACUUGAGCUAUACACAAGUCAUCAAUAAAAUACCAUCCAUUCUAUCAAGGAUUAGGGACUCGAUGGAGACUAUAUAUGAAAGUGGUGGAAGAAAGUUUUGGAUAUAUAACACCGGGCCAUUAGGUUGUUUGCCUCAAACGCUCGUAUUAAGAAAGAAAAAUGACAGUGUGCUCGACUCAUUUGGAUGCUUGGAAGAAUAUAACAACGCCAGUAAAGUUUUCAAUGUCGGGUUGAGUGAUCUUUGCGAUGAAUUGAGAUCCAAUUUUACGAAUGCGACAGUCGUUUAUAUUGAUAAAUAUUCAAUCAGAUAUGAUCUCGUUGCUAAUCAUACCAAAUAUGGUUUUGAAGAUCCGCUUAUGGCCUGCUGUGGAUAUGGAGGGCCUCCAUACAAUUUCAAGGACGACCAGAGGUGUGGAGCGCAAGGGACUUCAGCUUGCUCGUUAGAAUCUCGAUAUAUAAGCUGGGAUGGAAUUCACAAUAGUGAAGCUGCCAAUGAGAUUAUUGCUGCUAAGAUACUUUCUGCAAGUAUUCUAAGCCUGAAAUUAAGCUGA